GAAUAAUAGCAAAAUGACUAAAUUCCAUAGUCCACGUGGAAAAAAAGGAAGUAAAACCUUCCAUUCUAAUUCCCCUCCCACUCACAAAUCACAAUCACAAAACUCACAAUUUUCACCAACACGCACGCAACCAUGGCGCCACUUCUCCCUCCUCCGCCUCCCUGUACCAUCCGUACGCUUCCUUCCACUGUCCGUGACUCGUGACUCAGUAUUUGGUGCUCGUCGCUUCCCAGCUGGUUGGUUGUAUUUAGGUUUUCCUUUCUUUUCUUUUUUCUCAAAACUUUCAAUCCUAUAACUCUUACAUUGCAGAAUUGCAUCAUCGUAUGAUUUAUUGUUUAAUUUGUCGAUUUGAUUUGAAAUAUUUGUGUUUCUGUUCCUGUACUUCGUUGAUUUGGUCUGUGAUUAAAACAAAAUUUUGAAUUAAUUUUAAUAUUAGUACCAUUUAAUCCCUGUCGAAAAUGAAGAUUCAAUGAUUCUUCGUCUCCUUCUUGGAAUAUACCAAUUCCAUUGAUUUAUUUGAAUCAAAAAAAAAAAACCCAAAUCAAAGAUUCAAUUUUUUGUUAUUUAAAAAAAAAAAAAAAAAAACUCUUUUUGGUAAUUUUAAUGUGCUGAAUGAUCACGAAAACAAUAUCUGUACAAGAAUUAGGGUUCAUAUUCUUUGUGGGAAUUGGGAAGGAUGAGAGCGAGAGUGAUAGUUUUUCCGGUUAGAGGGAGGAACUGGUGCUUCAGCAGAUCCGUUGAGCCUCUGGUUUCAGACUCUGCAUCUUCCCCUCCCUCUCAGACUCCUUCAACUCUCAAAGACCUCUGGAAGAAGUACAAUUCCAAUGCCAAUGACAAGGCCAUUGCCAAUCCUUUAGCUGUCAACGCUGAGCUCCUUGUCGAUUUUGUCUCUACCAAGAUGAACAUAGCUUGGAUCGGUCUGGAGAAGUCGCCUCGAGGAAGUUUUAAGAACAAGAUUCAUGGAUUGGGAUUGAAGCUGUUGUCUCGUGUUAAGCCGUCUGAGAUUUUCCUAAAAUCGAUCUCUAAUGAGGUCACAGGUGUUGAAGUUAAAUACCCUUCCAGCUUAAACGCACGACUUGUGCGUAGGAGGUUACGAUAUAUUGCCAUGAGGGGAUCUAUCAUACACAGAAAGUAUUUAUAUGGUUCGGUUACGUUGCUUCCUCUGACAUCAGCAUGUGCUGUUUUGCCUUUGCCUAAUAUUCCCUUCUUCUGGUGUUUAUUCCGUACUUAUUCUCAUUGGCGAGCUCUCAAGGGAAGCGAGAGGCUCCUUAAGCUAGUCUCAGAUAGCUCUGUGGCACCAAGUUCCACUACCGAUGGAAAUAAAAAUGAGCAUAUUGACUCUCAGCAUGGAAGCAAAGAGAGAUUCAAUUCUCCUUAUGUUUUGCAGCCAUCGACAGAGCUUGAGGAGCUUCUUUGCCAUGGAGGCGAGCGCGAGGGUCUCAAAGAAUGUGCUAUAUUGGAUAUCUGCAAAAUCUAUGAUUUGAACACAAAUGACGUUCUAAAGUACCGGGACUCGAUGUAGUUACAUCGUUGCAUUUGUUUUCUAUUGGGGAAAGAAGCUUCUUCUUUUUCUUCCUUUGUUGAACAUUUGGCCUAAAGGUCCAAGGAAAUUUUGAACUAUGAGGAUGGACAGCAUCCGUGGUCCAGCUGAAAUAAGAGGACUCCCAAUCCCAAAUGCACCCGCAUAUCAAGUUUUGCCUUUCCAAUUCAUCCUUUUGUUUACUUAUUAAAUAUUAUUAUUUAUAUCUAAAAAAUAAGUAAAUUAAGACUU